AUAUAUCUUUGAAGCCUUGGCUGCUUUCUCUGGCUGCCACAGCCACAGGCCUGGCCCUCCUCCAUCUCCUUCUCCUCCUCCUUUAAUCCCAGCCUGGAUGAAAAGAGGGAGGGAAGGAAGUAGCAGGAGCAAAAACCCAGCCUGUCUCAGAAGGAAAUCAAUACAAUGCAGCAUCCCAGCCACCGACCAAGAGAGGGAAGGAUAAAGGAUUAAAAGCAAAAGGCUGGUGGUGAAUUGCCUUCUCCUCCUCCUCCUCCAUUGCAGUGGACAAAGAGGAACCAUUGACCCACUUCGAAGUGGGGCUUUCUCAGGUUUGAAUCCAGUGAUUAACUUUAUUAUCCUGCUAUAAGAAAUAUUACCUGGAAAAAAAUGGGCUGAAUGAAAGACCUGGGGCUUGAGCCUGUGGCCUGCCAUCCACUGAAUAUUCCUAGCCAUGUUCCCACGAGGACUGCAUCCUGGGGGGAGGUUCUGCCGUUGGUCCAACCCAUGGAUGCAAUUCCUGGCUCUGACAAUUGUAACAUUUGGUGUGCUAGCUCCACUGACUUGCCAGCAGCUUCUUUAUUCUUAUUUCUAUGUGCGACGCUGGUACCUGAACCCCAUGAGCCAGGAUUUCCUCAAGGAGAACCAAGAGGAGGGUCUGAAAGCGCUCCAUUACUUUGAGAGGCUGCAGGCCCCAAACUCAUCAAAGACAUUGGUUGGUGAGGCCAUGCAACCUUGGCUGCUGAUCACCAUCAUCACAGUGCAGCGGCAUCCCGAUUUCCAUUAUGUCCUCCAGGUGGCAUCUCGCUUCCACCGCCUUCUCCAGCAAUGUGGUUCCCCUUGCCAGCACCAUGGACUCCUACUCUGCAAUGUGGAUGCCAGUCCUGACACCCAUUGGGAUGCCAAGCUGCUUGCCAAUUUCUUUCCUGCAGUGAAUCGCUACAGUGACCAUGAGGAUUCAGACCUCUCAUUGAACCGCUUCGAAAAGGAGAAGAAGGAUUACACCUACUGCCUUGAGAAAUCACUUCAGGUGUACAAGCCCGAGUAUAUUCUGCUAGUGGAAGAUGACGCUAUCCCAGAGGAAGAGAUCUUUCCCGUGCUGCAUCACUUGUUGCGGAGGCGGUUCUCAAAGCCUCACCUUCAGGAUGCCCUUUAUGUGAAAUUCUACCAUCCUGAGAGGCUACAGCAUUAUCUCAACCCAGAGCCCAUGAGGAUCCUUGAGUGGCUUGGAAUAGGCAUGUUUUGGGGAAUGCUGUUGGGGAUUGUGUACACCUGGGCCUCUGGACGCUCUAACAUGAGUUGGUCCAUUGUGCUGUUUUUUGCCCUAUACUGCAUGCUGGUGGUAGAGCUGGUGGGACGCCAUUAUUUUCUGGAGCUUCGCCGCUUGGCCCCUCCACUUUAUAACAUUGUGCCUGUGACAGAAUGCUGUACUCCAGCCAUGCUGUUCUCAGUCCCUUCUGCCCGGCGUGUCUUGAAUUAUUUGAAGGAAAUACGUUGUCGUCAAGGCUUUGCCAAAGAUACCGCCCUUUACUCGCUACUGCGUAAGAAGGGGGAGCGGGCAUUUGUGGUGGAACCCAAUCUAUUCAGGCAUGUGGGGAUGUUUUCUAGCGUCAGGAUCAAUGAAAACCCAAAGCUACUUUGACUGUUGAAUGGUCAAUAGGAGUCAGAUGAACAUAGCUCCUUGGGUGAUGUCUGAAAAGUAGUUGUUUGAAUGUUUUGCACAAAACAUACUCAACAUAUAAAAACUUCACAUGCCGAGAAGGUUAGAUAAUCUUUUUUUCCCCUGAAAUGCUAGCUUUCUCUGGAUUAGAAGUAAAUAGGACCAGGGUGGGCUACAUACAGCCCUCCAGAUAUGGCUGAAUUGCAACAACAAUCUUGCCUCACCAUUGGUUCACUAGGGUUGAUGGGAGUUACACUAUAACACCAUCUGGAAAGCCACAAAUGGUCAGCUCCUGGCUUAGAAAUAUAUCAUUAAUCGGGAGGAAGCCACUAAAUAUCGUGGCUGUAAUCCAAAACAGUGCAUUCUAGUAAUGAGAGACAUCAUGUUUAGGUUCUGCUUAGCACUUGUAGCUUUUGUGUAUAUCUUGUUCUUUAUGCCAGAGACCAGUUGGGUGAGGACACCAGUGGUGUUUCUUUACAGCUCCUUAAAAACUUUUUAUUUAAAAGAUAUAUAUGUGAAACUGUUUUAACAGUCACUUUCCCUCCCUUUGAGAGGUAUGAGUUGUCUUUUGAAAAGAAAAUGUCCUAUAAUGUCCUUAUAAGGUAAACAUUUUCAAAGUAAAGGGUGGAUUCAUAGCAAUCCUAAGAUUUGUUUCAAACAUAUGCCCUGCUAACAUGGCUUUUGCAAGAGCUAGUUUGCUUAUUUUUGCUGCCAUUCUAGCAUCAGUUUAGAAUGCAGUUGAGAUAGUUGCAGCCUCUGAAGAGUCUGGAUGAUUUUUGUGCUGUUGCUGUAUUUUUCCAAAAACCUUGGAACACACGCACAUCCUUUGGAGGGACUUUCCUCCAGUUGUCCCACAUUGUUAAUUACUUGCCCUCCUUAGAAAAUAAUCAAGGGGAGGUAAAAACAUAGCUCUCUACAGGAGUAAGGAACCUGCAGUAGAUGUUUUAGAUUCUGACGCUUGUCACCCCAGACCACUGGCCAUGCUGGAUGAGGAUGAUGUUGAGUGCAACUGCAAAUAGGUUCACCACCUCUAGCUGUAAACAUAAGUAUAAGUCAGAAAUGCUUUCUGUGAUCAAACUUAGGUAGUCUUAUCCAUCUCAUUUCUUCAGCAUUUACCACCUCUUGCCCAAGGUGCUAGUUAAUCUGAUCUCCACCAGACUUCUUAAGAAGAAGUAGAAGUGCCUUAUAUAGCCAGCGCACAGCUUCUAAGAAGCAUUUUCUGGUCUUUUACAAUCUGUUAACUCAGGUGAACAGCAACACACACAUGCACACUUUUCUUCCUCUGUUUUCUUGUAUUGCUGUACAGUGGUGCAUAGGCAGAUAAUAAUUUUACAAUGUAUUUCCUGAUGUGUAAUAGGAACAUUUCUUUCCUAUCUGGCAGGAUGGCACAGGUGCCUAUUUUUACCUUGCAGUGGGUAAGAAAGCUGAAUGCAAGUUAUUUUUUUUUCCCAUUUGUGGUACAGAUUUGGCACCAUGAAGGCUGGCAAAAACAUAUCCUCACAUAGUCUUCCACCCCCACCCCCCAGUUUUAUCAGAAGGCUUAUACCACAUGCCCACUGACAAGAUUCUCCAUGCAAACAGGCACAUGGGUGUGGAAGGGGAAACCUUAUAUUCUGUGCAGAAUUCCUGUAAUAUGCCAGCAAAGUAGGUGGGGCAGAAAGUUCUCACUUCAAAACUUUGGCCAUAGUCUUCCUGCUUUGAAUCUGUGUAGGACCCAGAUGAAACCAAUACAUAUGCGAGAACAGUAAAAUGAUUGUAUUUUUGAACUUUAUCUCCAAAGUGCUGGGCUUUGUUUCUGUAUGGAUGACAAAUCCACUCCUGCAGGUGACCCAAGUUUUAUGGGUGCCAGAUCUGAUCUCAACAGAGGUUUGGUACAGGAAGAGGUCCCGUACAACUUGAAGUUUCUGUGUAAGGAGCCAUCAUGAAACAGUGGAUUUGCUACUCCCAUGGCAAUGGAUCUUCUACCCCAGACAUUCAGCCUCCAAUGAGGCAGGCUGCCAGCGUCUGAGCAUUAAUGCUCCCCUUCCAGUCUGUCUGAUGCAGCAAGGCUGGCUAGAUGACAGAACAUGAAGUGUUCUAAAUACUUGACACAAGCUGCGUGAAAGCUAAUUAUUCUUAAGCUAACAUGCAUCGGGCACAGCCUGAAGCAUAUGCUUCUCUCCCUCACAUGAUGUGCUGCUGCCUGAAUGUAGCUUUUGGCAGCCCAGAUGCAGAGGGAGUAACUGGAAGUGCCAGGCUGAAACCUGCACAUUCCAAGGCAGUCUUUGCAACACACCAAUCUUAAUAUGAAUGGAGGAAGCCACAACUGCACUUUCCUACCCUAGUCCUUUUGCCAUCUGCCUUUUCUCUACCCCUGGGCAGGAGAACCUUUUGCCCAUCAAACAUUUUGAAAUUUCAAGUCUUAACCAAUGGAGCCAAUGGCAAGGGAUGAUGGUAGUGGUAGGUCAAAGCAUUUGGAGGCCUAACAUUUCUCCACCUCUGCCCUACCUGCAGUGACUGCUAUGGGUGAAAGGACUGGAAGGACCAGCUGCAGCAUAUUUUACUUUACGUUUAAGUGCUGUGUUAAACUUUGCAGCUAGUAACCACAGUUCCAGAGUUUGCAUCUGAUAUACCAGAGGGGGAAAUUGGGGGUCGCCAGUAGUUGCAGGACUACAACUCCCAUCACCUGUCACCAUUGACUUGUAGCUGAUGGGAAUUGCAACCUAACAGCAUCACCUGGGCCAUGUUGUCCACUCUAAUACAUAUAACCAAAGAAACCGUUUAUGCCUUGCCCAGGAAUUUGUAUCAGAUGUUUGGAAUUUAGAGCUUUAACCAGAAAAUAUAGGUAAAUACCUUGUCAUCACACACACAUGUGUGUAUUAUUUUGCUUAUCUGAAGCCAGAUCCUUCGGUGAAGUAGGCUCAUCAACUGCAACUCAAAAUCCCAUUUUACAAAUUGUUUCCUGUCCUGUAGAACUGUUUAUUCCCAUUUGGAAAAUGUGUUAGCCACAGGGGGAUGCUAUAUAGUACUGAAGACAAUUUGCUCUACAGCUGCUUGAACAUUGAACUCUAAAUUGAAUGAGAACUCUUUGAAUCGUGAAUAGAGUGAGCUUACUCUACACUUGGAAUAAUCUAGUUCAGGCUUACUGCUUUGCAAGUUCAGGGAAAGCCUCACCUUAAAAGAUGA